GCGCUCUUCGCGUGGACAGUGUUGCCGUGCAAACAAACCCAGCUCGACGCUCAGCUGAAGAGCUGGUGAACCCAUAUCAGAAAGUGUGUGUUUGUGUGUGUGUGUGUCGGACUCGCAGGACCUUCGCUGUUGUCGUGUAGCUGCCAAGCGAUGACGGAGCUGAGGCACCGUGGAGCCAGCGACACCGACCCGGCGUUGCAGCAGCCGCCGUCGGAGGACAAGGGUUCGGACAGUGAGCUGAAGGUGGAAAAAGACGGCGUGUCAGACACUGAGUCGAAGGUGGACUCCGGUGUCCCAGAGGUGCCCGUCCCUCCCGAUGACACCCCUGAGGUUCUGAACAAGGCCCUGUCUGGACUCUCUUCAAGAUGGAAGAACUGGUGGGUACGAGGCAUCCUCACACUGGCCAUGAUCUCCUUCUUUUUCUUCAUCAUCUACCUGGGCCCCAUGGUGCUUAUGAUGAUUGUCCUCUGUGUUCAGAUCAAGUGCUUCCAAGAAAUCAUCACCAUUGGCUACAGUGUGUACCAUUCCUACCACCUGCCCUGGUUCAGGACGUUGAGCUGGUACUUCCUGCUGUGUGUGAACUACUUCUUCUAUGGUGAGACCGUGACAGAUUACUUCUUCUCGCUGGUGCAAAGGGAGGAGCCGCUUCGCAUCCUCAGCAAAUACCACCGCUUCAUCUCCUUUGCCCUCUACCUCACAGGCUUCUGCAUGUUUGUGCUAAGUUUGGUGAAGAAACACUAUCGCCUUCAGUUCUACAUGUUUGGUUGGACCCAUGUGACUCUGCUGAUUGUGGUGACUCAGUCUCACCUAAUCAUUCACAACCUGUUUGAGGGAAUGAUCUGGUUCAUUGUGCCAAUUUCCUGUGUGAUCUGUAACGACAUUAUGGCCUACAUGUUUGGUUUCUUCUUCGGCCGCACCCCUCUCAUAAAGCUGUCACCUAAGAAGACAUGGGAAGGAUUCAUUGGAGGACUAUUCGCCACGAUUGUGUUUGGCAUCAUGCUCUCCUACGUGAUGGCCGGCUGGCGCUACUUUGUGUGUCCAGUGGAGUUCAACAAUGACUCCAACAGUUUCCAGGUGGACUGCGAGCCAUCGGACCUUUUCCAGCUCCAGGACUACGCCCUGCCCAGCAUCCUGGAGUCUGUCACCGGAUGGACCACGGUGCGCCUCUACCCGUUCCAGAUCCACAGCAUUGCUCUCUCUUCAUUUGCCUCCAUUGUGGGACCCUUCGGUGGCUUCUUUGCCAGCGGCUUCAAGAGAGCCUUCAAGAUCAAGGAUUUUGCCAACACUAUUCCAGGUCACGGUGGAAUUAUGGACAGAUUUGACUGCCAGUACCUCAUGGCCACAUUUGUGAAUGUGUACAUCGCUAGCUUCAUCAGGGGCCCCAAUCCCAGCAAGGUCAUCCAGCAGCUCCUGGCGCUCCGUGUCGAUCAGCAGCUCCACAUAUUCAACUCCCUGAAGACUCACCUGACAGAGAAGGGCCUGCUGCCAUUGCUGCAGGAGGGCGCUGCCUAGAUCCACCUGCACCCACAAAAGCCCCCCCCCCCCCCAUCCCCAGAUGGGGAGACGGGAGGGGAGCACUUGUGGGUUGUGUGCAGCCCUGAAGAAUUGGGAGACUCGCAGUGCUCUGUGUGAGCGAGUUGACAUCUGAGAAGAAAAAGAAAAUAACAACGACAAGGGAAAACCACAAAAAAACCACAGUCUUGGGUCAUUCCAUUCCAUUUCAUUUAAGGAUGAGGGUAGUGUGUGUGUGUUUGUGUUCAAACCGUCUGUGAAUCAUGUUUCUGACACCAGUGUUUUCAGGUUGUGUCAGUGAAUUCACUGUACUGUUACACAUUUACAUUAUAACAACAAUGUAUCUACUCACGCUGUUAAACAAAAUGUUGGUCAGCUGUAUAUUUCUACCUGUAUACAGUAAGUCCUCGAUAUACCUGUUAAUGUGUUAAUAUUUUACUGUACUUUUUGUUUUAAUGCACUGCCUGUGUACUCACUGUAUUGUUACUGCAGCUGCACCCUCCCUCAAACCUUUAGUUUUAAUUUUCUUCAUUGUGAUUGUUUCUAUUAAUAUAUAUAUAUAGAUGGUUUUUAUAUUUGGUAUGUUCUAUUAUAUCUUAAAGGUCCUGUCUGUGUCUGUUUUAUUCUGGCUGAGUUCACUUUUGCCAUCCGUCACGUGCAUUUAUGUUUCCAGUGUUUGUUGCCAUUCAACAUUUCAAAGCCUCUCACGCUGGGCCAAAUCAUUGCCGUCAUAUUCUCAUGCGUUGCUGUACAGAAAUACAAAAUUAAUGACUAAGUUACCCAUGAAGUAUUCGAUUGAAUCUGACAAAACACAGAAUCCAGUCUCUUGAUUCCCAACUGUUUGUGGUUCUGUGCAUGUAUUAGCGGCCCUUAAUAACAAAAGUAGAAAGGUUCUCAGUCAUUUCAUUUUUUUGGUUUAACUGACCCGUUCUGUGUUGAAUCUGCAACAAGGAGCUGUAUAUGCGUUUUACACAUAUUCAGUAAGGUGGUGGGAUUAGUAUGGGACCCGUUUGUAUCAGUUCAGAUAAGGCACAGUGAUGGUCGGCGUGUGUGUCAUACCCUCGCCAUGUUAACGGCUUCCGAGCUGAAUGUGUGACCUGCCACUAUUUGAGUGAAACAUUUUCUAAAAAGCAAUCCGUUGUGUUCUCCUUCAUCUGAUGUUUACGUUGGAGUUACAAUCAUCUGCUGCAUACACCCCAGUGUUCGUUCCCUUUGAUGCCACUGGCAAAAGAUUGUCUGAUUUGAUGGUGAAAUAUAAAAGCUGAAGCUUCUGAACUGUUUGGUUCAUUUUGGUUUUUUAAGCCUUCUGAAGGAAUUUUAACUACAGUCUGUAGUUAUGUUGGCAGAUGUUAAAGGGGACGCUGCGCUUGAUCUUACACAUUAACAUCUGUACUACCCUGAAGGACAGUCACAUCAUGUCUGCAUGUGACUUGAGCUGAAGUUUUGUCUGGGACAAUGACGCUGAUGAUGAUCAUAGUGAUGUUGUACGAGUCUGUAGUCUGAGCUUCUAGACAAAUGUUACCUCAGAGACUUUUACAAAUGGGGCUGUGGAAUUGGGAUUAGAAUAGAAGAUGCUAUUGGGUUGCAUUAUGGAUAGUGUUUCCACAAAAUGUCAGGUUAUCUCUGCUGUCUUUGUGUCAGCUGCAUCAAUUUUGACAAUUCCUUUAAUCUGUCUCUCACAAGUCCCCCAGCUUAGUGAACAUGCAAUACUAAAUUUCUGGACUGCGCCAACACAAUCUGCUUUUGUUAGUUUAGUCAGAGUGAAAUGUUCUAAUCCUUCAUUGCAAAUAUGCAUAUUAUUUUUACACUGGGCGAACCAUUGACUCCAUUUGAACUCAAGCUGACUUGAGGUAUUGAUCGAUAACAAUGUGCACAUUUACCGAGCUUAAGUACUGAAGUUUUUCAAAGAUUGUGUGAUCAAGUAAAUCCGCAAAUGGUCGUUGAUUCCAAGUGCUGGGUUCUUGUAGAGGAUGCUGUACAGGGGCUCAGGCACCAAGUAUAUUCACCGCAACCAUCCUCGUCAUACUCAUUAAUCAGCUUGUCACCGUCAUCACGUGUGUGCACAUGUCAUCCUUACGUUUCUGUCCAGUCGGGUAAAAGAAUUAUUGUUGGUGGAGGUGGAGUACAUCCUGCAGGAAUUAAUGUGACCCAGGCAGAACUGCCUGGCUCAAAUGUUAUAGGACUACACAGCAAUAUGAACAGUCGUACAGCAGGGAUGUGAAGCUCCGUAAUCUAGAUGUCUCUACACGGUCGACACGAAACCAGCUUCAAAACAUGCUAUUAGAUGGUAUGAACCACAAACCAAGCAUGGCUUUACAUGUUCUUUAUUUUGUUCCUGAAUAUUACUCUGUUUUAUUGACAGUCAUUCCGUUCCUCAGUGGUUUGAGUUGUGUGAUAUCCAAACAGUCAGAAAUUGGUCUCUCUUAAAAUAUUUAUUUUAGCAGAUCGCAGCUCUUCAAAGUUACUCUAUUGUAUAUUUAAGAUGACAUUUAGACAUAUGUUGGGUGUUCUUUAGUAUUUUUGGUUAGAGGACUAUUUUAAAAGUAUUAUUAUUGUUGUUGCCAUAUAGGAAAGAGCAUCGAGAUAGCAAGUGUUUUCUCUCCGUCUUCUCUUGCUGUGACUUUUAGUGCACUAGAGUGUUUUUCUCUGCCGUUUCUCUGUCUGGUGUUGCAGACCGCCACCAGAGAGAGCUGGAGCUCCUUGGUUGGCCGUCAGGUGUGACAUUGAUGCUCCGUCUGAGCGGGAAGGUUUGACCCCCCCCCUGUUACUGCUGUUCGAUACAUUCCAGUACCUCCAAAGUUGAGAUAUACCCACAUGGUGGCAGAACAUGAUGGCUCAAUGCUUUUUUUUGGGGGGGGGGGUUCUUGGCAGUAACCCUAACCCUCAGGAAGCCCCCUCUGUGCCAUUUCUAAUCAACACAGUUUACUGCUGUGAAGCCUGCCCAGCCAGGACCGUCUAAACGGGAGUUGGGAGUUGGGACUGUCCCACGCACUGUGUAGGCCCCCCUUUGUGUUCAUAGAUAUUCUCUUCAAACGCUCUAUGAUUUUUUAAAGUAUUUUACCCUUGAACUGUGCAAUGGCUUGUGUUGAGUUGUACAUUUGCCUAGAACAAGUUUGAUGCUGAAAUGUGCUUUUACCUUUCUUUCGGAGAAAAAUAAAAGAUAUAUAUAUAUAAAAGUAAA